AUGGCAAUGAGUAGCAGUGUGAGCAGUAGGAGGAGGAUGAAGACCACGGCGCCCCGCAGCACUUUGCGGAAAAUAAUAAAGAAGCACAACCCGCAGUUACGCCUAGCGGCGAACGCCGACCUGCUGGUUCAUUUGAACUUCUUACUGUUUCUCCAUCGGCUAGCAGAAGAAGCCAGGACAAAUGCUUUUGAGAACAAAAGUAAAAUAAUUAAACCUGAGCAUACCGUAUCUGCAGCAAAGAUUAUUUUAAAGAAAAGCAGAGGCUAGAAAACAGACCACUGGAAUUUUAAAACAUAUUUUUCAAUGUUUUCUGACUAGCUUGAGUUAUAUUGUGAGUCAGCUUUAGCACUUGUGGAACUGUGUAGUUUUGUUGACAUCUAUCUCCUGACUGUCUUGCUGUUUCUUUUAAAAAAAAAUAAAUCUUAGAAUGUAUAUUUUCAUACACUUCAUGCAUAAUUUUAAAGUGUGUGUCACUUGUCACUAAAGACUUUUGAUGUACCUUGUUCCAUAAUGAUGGAGGAAUGCUUGUACCAUAGAUACCCUUUGGAUACAAUGUGGUAUUUAUUAAAAGUGGGAAACUUCUUAAGGGAAACAGUAGUUAAAAAACACCCCACAGACUUCACUAAAUCCAGUAUAGAUUGUGGAGUUCAAAGCCGAUUUACUAUCUAAACAAAAUUAUGGCUUUCAUAACAAUCACUCUAGAAACAAGUGUAUUAAAUACUUUGUCUUCAAUUUAUUUAUGAAUGUCUUGAUAAUCUUAAAAUUACUCUGGAAAGUAGGUUAAAACUUCUGGGGAAGUUCUGGUGUUCUGGGGAAAGAAUACGUAUUUGGUAUUUUAAAUCAUGAUCUGAACUGUUAAGCUGACUUGUUUGAUGUGAUAUGUGAAACAACUUGGUGGUCUGUAAUUCUGUUGGUGUGGACAGAUGUACACAUUAUAGAAAAGGAAAGAUCUGGCACAGCUGAUGUUUUAGAAGUUAGAGCUUGUAAAAAUAACAAAGACAGGUUGGCAUGAGUGCCAAGCUAUUUCCUUACCCCUUUUGAGUGUCGUGCUAACUUGUCAGAAGUUUGGAAAUGUACAUUUUAUAAAAUUAUCUUCUUAAAUUAAGAUUAUAUUUUGUUCCUAUUCUGAUAUUUGUAAUCACUUACUGAACAGUUUGCUUAAUGAGUAUGUUAAUAAAGUUUUAUAGAUUAAUCUUACAGUUUGAGCUGAUAAUACAGUUUUGUGGAAUAUAUGGUAGCUGCUCUUUGAU